UAUGUCAUCAAAGAGCAUUAUAAUUACACGGGAAAGCUAAACGAGAACUCGGACAGUGGAAUAAAAGUGACGUCGGUGGUUUUUAUCAUCAUUUGCUGCUUUAUAAUCUUAGAGAACAUUUUUGUCUUGCUCACCAUCUGGAAAACCAAGAAGUUUCACAGACCCAUGUACUAUUUCAUCGGGAACUUGGCUCUUUCAGACUUGCUGGCUGGCGUGGCUUACACGGCCAACCUCCUGCUGUCCGGACACAAAACCUACAGCCUCACCCCCUCCCAGUGGUUUGUGAGAGAAGGCAGCAUGUUCGUUGCCUUGUCGGCUUCUGUGUUCAGCUUGUUGGCCAUCGCCAUCGAGAGAUACAUCACCAUGCUGAAGAUGAAGCUCCACAACGGCAGCAACAGCUUCCGCUCCUUCUUGCUGAUCAGCGCCUGCUGGGUGAUCUCCGUGAUACUGGGGGGGCUCCCGAUCAUGGGCUGGAACUGCAUCAGCCUCUUGUCCAACUGCUCCACCGUGCUGCCUCUCUACCACAAGCACUAUAUUCUCUUUUGCACCACCGUUUUCACCGGCCUGUUGCUAUCGAUCGUCGUCCUCUAUUGCAGGAUCUACUCCAUGGUGAGGACUAGGAGCCGCAGGCUGACGUUUCGCAAAAACAUUACCAAAGCUACUAGGAGCUCGGAGAAGUCGCUGGCCUUGCUCAAGACGGUGAUCAUAGUCCUGAGUGCCUUCAUCGCCUGCUGGGCUCCCUUGUUCAUCCUGCUUUUACUGGAUGUGGGGUGUAAAGUGAAGACCUGCCCGAUCCUCUAUAAGGCAGAAUAUUUCUUAGUACUGGCCGUGCUCAAUUCAGCCACGAACCCUAUCAUCUACACCCUGACGAACAAAGAGAUGCGGAGGGCUUUCAUCAAGAUUCUGUGCUGCUGCAAAUGUCCCCCGGCAGAUUCUGGGACCAAAUUCAAGAGGCCGAUCAUCGGGGGGAUGGAGUUCAGCCGGAGUAAGUCUGACAACUCCUCCCACCCACAGAAGGAGGAAGGUGACCAUCCUGAAACCAUCAUGUCUUCGGGCAAUGUUACCUCAUCUUCUUAGGAGUAAGCGUGGGGGUGUCUUUCAGAGCCCUCCUCCGAAAUCGGGGAGCCGAGACGCCUCCUGCUCACGGCGGCAGGCUUGGGCUGAGUGAGCAGGUAGCAUUAGUUCUAACGAGGCAAACGGUGCGCUGGCGAGGCUGGAGUUCAAGAAACGGGACAGACUGUUCUGGCUUGAAAAAUCUUUUUCCCUGGAGCAUGUUUUGUCUUUGCACUGAGGCAGCUCGGGAUUGUCAGGCGCAUUCAUAUCCUGAAAUCUCCUUAGUAACUCUGAAAGACUGAUGCCUUGGUGAAAUGAUGCCUGGUGU